UAUGUUUUGAAUAAACGAGGAAAUUUAGUUACACGUGACUUGGAAUAGGUCGCUUUCGCUGCUUUUUUUUCGCUCUCUCGAAUGAAGCGCUGAUCUACGUGCAAUAUCUCGGACGCAUGCGGCACGGUGCGUUCAGCUCUUGAGAGAAUCCCUGCAUUCCCUCAGACAUGGGCAAAGAGAAGGAGCCAGAGGUGGUGAUCCAGGACAAGAGACUGGACUACCUCGGAGAGUUUGUCCAGCGAGCCCUCAAAGUGAAGCAGGACAAGUGGCAGAAAUGUUUGGUCAACGAGGAGCAGCGGAUGGUGUUGAUGGAGUUCCUGGACAAACCUGAGCCGAUGACGCUGGUGGUGUCCUUGACCCAGGCGGGUCUCCUGGAGCCAGCGACGGAACUCUCCACUGCUGGCAAGGGCGUAUACUUCAUGAAGAAGACCCGGGCCGCCCUCGCCCCUGACACUUACAAGAAUCAGCUGAUCUUUGGGGACCUCUCCGACUCGCCACUGGAGCAGUUCUGCACUGUGUUUCUGGAGGCAGUAGAUCCUUUAUUGUCAAACCGUAAAAACCAAGCAGGCUGGCCGGAAGUGGUGUCUCAAGAAAUCCAGCAUGCUGUCCAGUCCUUCAGGAGAAGUGUACUGGAGGUGUUGAGCCAUGUCCAGGGAAAACCACUGCUGCCCUUUCUAACAAGUUUCAAGAGAGUGGAUCAGAUUGUCAAGGAGAUGAGCAGGAGCAGCAAAAAAGUAGAUGCAGGUGUCAUUCAUGCCUUGGAGUCAGCAGUGUUUGAGUGGAGCCAUCAGAUCCGUGUAGUGCUCGAAAAAGACUCCUCGGAGGCUUUAAUGGGCGGCAAGAACCCAACACCAGAUGCAGAGCUUCAAUUCUGGAAGAGCAGGAACAAUGAUCUUAAGUCUAUCAACAACGUGUUAACAUCUCCCGACAUGAAAAAGAUGAAGAGUCUCUUGGAGGCUGCAGCGAGUAGCUAUUGCUCAACCUUUAAUCACAUCAGACGCAAUGUCAUUGCUGCCUUGGAAGAAUCAGAGGACAUAUGCAAAUACUUGAGGACCAUGGAGUACCUCUUCGAAGACAUGGAGAAUGAAGAAUUUCCUGAAAUUCAGAGGCAGAUUGGUCCUCUGAUGCACACGGUUUGUCUUGUGUGGACUCACUCUUGGCACUACAACGUCCCUGCCCGACUUAUUGUUCUGCUGCAGGAGAUCAUCAACCUUCUCAUUCAGCAGACCCAGGCAUUUCUGGCUCCAGAUGAAAUUCUCGUUGGAGAGGUUUUGGAAUCUCUCCAAAGGGUGGAUUUGAGCCUGGACACCCUUAAGCUCUUUAAGGACACUUAUGAGGACAGAAGAAACAAUUUGGAUAAAUAUAAAACAAACGGCAGCGCGGUGAAACUUUGGGAUUUCCCUUCAUUUCUGAUUUUCUCUCGACUAGACAGUUUUUUCGAGCGAAUCAAUACCAUUAAGGGGAUUUUGCUGACCGCUGUGGACUUUGAAAAACUGGAAAAGAUCGAGAUUGGAGGCCUCCGAGGCCAAACAUUAAACGAGCAGGUGCAAAGCCUCAAUGUGGAGUUCACAAACUUAUACAAGUGUGUGACUGAGAAGCCAUACGAUUGCUUGGACCUGAGCAAUGAGGCCUUUGAGAAAGAUGUGAAGGAUUUCCAGCUGAAGGUGGAUGACAUCGACAGGCGACUUGGAGCCGUCUUCUGCCAGGCCUUUGACGAUGUUCCUGGAUUUGAGGUCUUGGAUAUGUUCGGUACCUUGCUACGUCGCCCACUGGUGGAUGAAAUAUUUAUGGACAGAUACCCAUGUUUGGUGACCAUGUUUGAUAAGAACCUAGAUUCUUGUAAAUUCAUUUACAACUGCCAGAUUAAGGAAGAAAAGGAACGAGGUUCUGCUUGGGUGGGUAAGAAUAUGCCACCGUUAUCUGGUGGCUUGAGGUGGGCCAGGCAGUUGAAACAGAGCAUUCAGAAAGACUACAACAGGUUUCAGCAGGUCUCUUAUCCGUGUUUGGAGUCUGAAGAGGGAUGCCGGGUCACCAAGAAAUAUGAUGAGAUGAUGGAACUAUUAAAAAAGUACUCCGACAACCUGUAUGAGAAAUGGACGUCUAGCGUCGGCGAGGUUUCCCUGAAAAACCUUAACCUGCCACUGAUCAGCAGAGAUCCCUCCUCUCAACUUAUAUCAGUCAACUUCAACCCUCAGUUGUCGUGUGUGUUGCGGGAAAUGAAGUACCUUCAGGCCUGGCAUAUUGAAGACAUUCCUGAAACAGCAGUACAAAUCUACUCCAACAGAGAGCAGCUUUGGAAGUACCAAGCUAACCUGGAUAUCCUCGUGAGCCGAUACAACAAGGUGAUACAGACUGUUAACCCUGUGGAGCGCCCACUCAUUCAGAGCCAGCUGGAUUCCAUUGAUUCCCGACUGACACAGGCAGAGAACCAUCUCAACUGGAACUGUGAAGGUAUUUGGCAGUAUAUCCAGGAGAUGCGAGACACAAUGUGUGACUUGGAAAGCCGACUCCAGACGUCAAAGGACAAUGUGGAACUGAUCAAGCGUUGCAUGAACUCUUGGGCAAAGCCCAUGUUUAAAAGGAAAGAGGGCAAAAGAGACAGUCUGCUCAGCCUGGGGGAUCGUGCUGAGAGGAUUGAGCGGUUCUACACCAUGGUGCGCACGUCUGGAGAAAAGAUCCAUCUGCAUCUUAAGUCCAACCUGGAGCUGUUUAAGGCAGACUCGUCAUCAAACGAAUGGAAAGCCUAUGUGGAGUACAUUGACAAUCUGCUUAUAAGUGGAUUUGCUAAAAGCAUUAAAUGUUCCCUCAAGUUCUUCCAGGACAACACAGAACAAAGGUCAGCGCCCCUUUUUGAGGCCCGACUGGAUCUCCAGGUCCCCAACCUGGUUUUCAUUCCACCUCUGGAUUUGGGUGCCAGAGACAAUUUUUCUGACCUGGUGGACAGGCUCAUCACAGAUGUGUUCAAAAUGUCCACACUGGUGCCUCGCAUCAACCAAGAGAACUCCUUUCCCCACUACGAGGCUGAUAUGGAGAGCAACUCAGAGUUGUCACAAAUGAGACAGCUCCUGAAUCGACGUGUUGAGGAGAUCAUGGAGGUGUGCUGCAAGUUCCGCAGCUCCCUCGAGUGCUACAGCUACUUGUAUGUGGACAGCAGGAAGGACUGCAUGAGUCAGUUCCUUCGGUACAGUCGUGUUCUGACCAGCAAUGAGCUUAACUCUGAUUCAGAAAUCCCUGAGAAAGAACCCACGCUGGAUAACUUCAAAGAGCAGGUUGACAAGUACGAGAAGAUCUACAACAAGGUGCAGGCUUUUAAAUCCGUGCAUGUGUUCCAAGGAUGGAUGCAGGUGGAUGCACGUCAUAUGAAGAGCUCUUUGCUUAACAUCAUCAAAAGAUGGAGCUUCAUGUUUAAACAGUACCUAAUGGAUCGUGUAACCAACAGUCUCUCCGACCUGGAAGAGUUCAUCAAAACAACCAAAGAAGGCCUGGGUCAGAAAGUGGAGGAGGGUGACUAUGAUGGUUUGGUGGGGGUGAUGGGUCACCUGCUGGCUGUGAAAGAUAGACAAAAAUCCACUGACACCAUGUUUGAGCCACUGAAGCAAACCAUAGCCCUGCUUUGGACCUAUAAGCAGGAGUUACCGGAUGAAGUUCAUGUACAGUUGGAGGAGCUGCCAGAAAAGUGGAUCAAUGUGAAAAAGAAGGCCCUGCAAGUCAAGCAACAAGUGGCACCGCUGCAAGAGAUUGAAGUGACAUGCCUGCGCAAGAAGUGUGCCUCAUUUGAUGUGCAGCAGCACACAUUCAGAGAGCGCUUCCGCAACACAGGCUUCUUCAGAUUUGACUGUGAAGAAGCCAUGGAGCUGCUGAAUGAAUUCCACCAGCAAAUCCUGGAGCAGGAGGGAAUCAUGGCCUCGCUGGUGGAGUCUGCCAGUCUGUUUGAGAUUAAUCUGAAUGAGUACCGACAGUUAAAGCAGUGCAGACGUGAGGUGGUCAUCCUCAAGGAACUGUGGGAUUUGAUAAUCGUGGUGGAUUCUACCAUGAAAGCAUGGAUGCAAACUCGCUGGAGAGAAAUUAAUGUGGAGGACAUGGAAAUGGAGUGUAAAAACUUCUCCAAAGACAUACGAGGGCUGGAUAAGGAGAGCCGAGCCUGGGAUGCCUUCACAGGUUUGGACAGCAAGGUGAAGAACCUCCUGAUCUCACUGCGUGCCGUCGGAGAGCUUCAGAAUCCAGCCAUUAGACCCAGGCAUUGGCAGGAUCUCAUGAACGCCACAGGAGUCACCUUCAGCAUGGACAAGGAUACCACACUGGCUGACCUGCUGCAGCUCAACCUCCACAACUUUGAGGAGGAGGUGAGAGGGAUUGUCGACAAGUCAGUCAAAGAAAUGGGCAUGGAGAAAGUUCUUAUUGCACUCGAUUCCACAUGGACAAAUAUGGAGUUCAAGUACGAGCCCCAUGAACGCACUGGGCUGUCUCUACUCCGGUUUGAGGAGGAACUUAUUGAGACGCUGGAGGAGAACCAGGUCCAACUCCAGAACAUCACAGCUUCCAAGUAUAUUGGUCCAUUUGAGGAAAGACUGACAACAUGGCAGACCAAGUUGUCCAUCGCUGACUCGGUCAUCUCCAUCUGGUUUGAGGUGCAAAGAACAUGGACUCACCUUGAGAGCAUCUUCAUUGGAUCAGAGGACAUACGCACACAGUUGCCUGAGGACUCAAAGUGCUUUGAAGGCAUUGACUCUGAUUUUAAAGGGUUGGCAGCUGGUAUGGAAGCAACACCGAAUGUUUUGAUAGCCACCAAUAAACCUGGUCUGUUUGAUAAACUGGAUGACAUCCAGACUAGACUGGCUAUGUGUGAAAAAGCUCUUGCAGAAUAUUUGGAUACCAAACGUCUGGCCUUCCCCAGAUUUUACUUCAUCUCCUCGGCUGAUCUCUUGGACAUCAUGUCCAAUGGAACCAAUCCAUACCAGGUCCAGAAACAUUUGUCUAAACUUUUUGACAACAUGCUCAAGAUGAAAUUUGGAGAUGAUGCAAGUGGAAACCCCACUAAGGAUGGUCUGGGCAUGUACAGUAAAGAGGAGGAGUACGUCCCGUUUGAUAAGAUUUGUGACUGCACAGGACAGGUGGAGGCGUGGCUGAACCGGGUCAUGGACCGAAUGCGCGCAACUGUCCGCCAUGAGAUGACAGACGCAGUGGUGGCGUACGAGGACAAGCCCAGAGAGCAAUGGCUGUUUGACUACCCAGCACAGGUGGCUUUGACCUGCACUCAAAUCUGGUGGACCACAGACGUAGGAAUGGCUUUUGCUCGUCUGGAGGAAGGCUUUGAAAACGCCAUGAAGCAGUAUUACAAGAAGCAGAUAGCUCAGCUCAACACCCUCAUCACUUUGCUGAUUGGUGAACUCACACCAGGCGACCGUCAGAAGGUCAUGACCAUCUGUACCAUCGACGUCCACGCACGAGAUGUCGUAGCCAAGAUGAUCGCGCAGAAGUUGGACAAUUCUCAAGCAUUCCUGUGGCUUUCCCAACUGAGACACAGAUGGUGUGACAAGGAGAAGCAUUGUUUCGCAAACAUCUGCGACGCCCAGUUCCUCUACUCCUACGAGUAUUUGGGCAACACGCCGCGUUUAGUCAUCACCCCCUUAACAGACAGAUGCUACAUUACUCUGACUCAGUCGCUGCACCUUACCAUGAGCGGCGCCCCAGCCGGGCCUGCAGGGACAGGCAAGACAGAGACUACCAAAGAUCUUGGACGAGCCCUCGGAAUCAUGGUCUACGUGUUUAACUGCUCUGAACAAAUGGACUACAAGUCCUGUGGGAACAUCUACAAGGGUCUGGCUCAGACUGGAGCGUGGGGCUGCUUUGAUGAAUUCAACAGGAUCUCAGUGGAGGUCCUGUCUGUGGUGGCUGUGCAGGUCAAAAGUAUCCAGGAUGCCAUUCGUGACAAGAAGAAGAGGUUCAACUUCAUGGGAGAGGAAGUGAAUCUUGUUCCUUCAGUUGGCAUUUUCAUCACCAUGAAUCCCGGCUAUGCUGGCAGGACUGAGCUUCCUGAAAAUCUUAAGGCUUUGUUCAGACCGUGUGCUAUGGUGGUGCCAGAUUUUGAGCUGAUUUGUGAAAUUAUGCUGGUGGCCGAGGGCUUCAUUACUGCCCGCAUCCUGGCCAGGAAGUUCAUCACACUUUACACUCUUUGCAAAGAGCUGCUGUCCAAACAGGACCACUACGACUGGGGUCUUCGAGCCAUCAAGUCUGUGCUCGUGGUAGCUGGAUCUCUGAAAAGGGGGGAUCCAGAAAGAGCAGAGGACCAAGUGCUCAUGAGAGCGCUGAGAGAUUUCAACAUUCCCAAAAUUGUAACAGACGACAUGCCCGUCUUCAUGGGUCUCAUUGGCGACCUGUUUCCUGCGGUUGACGUCCCCAGGAAGAGGGACCUUAAUCUAGAGGAGCAAGUGAAGAAGUCUGUUGUGGACCUGAAGCUACAGCCUGAUGACAAUUUUGUGCUCAAGGUUGUGCAACUAGAGGAGCUCCUGGCUGUGCGCCACUCUGUCUUUGUGAUUGGGAAUGCAGGCACGGGAAAGAGUCAGGUGUGGAAGUCUCUCCAAAAGACAUACAAGAACUUGGGACGCAAAGCAGUGUGGGUUGAUUUAAACCCGAAGGCGGUAACAAAUGAUGAACUGUUUGGCAUCAUUAAUCCAGCGACCAGAGAGUGGAAAGAUGGCCUCUUCUCCUGUGUCAUGCGUGACCUAGCAAAUGUCACCCACAAUGGGCCGAAGUGGAUUGUUUUGGAUGGAGACAUUGAUCCAAUGUGGAUUGAGUCGCUCAACACAGUCAUGGAUGACAACAAGGUUCUGACUCUAGCCAGUAAUGAGCGAAUUCCCUUGAAUCCUACUAUGAGGCUGGUGUUUGAGAUCAGUCAUCUGCGCACUGCGACCCCUGCCACGGUGUCACGAGCAGGCAUCUUGUACAUUAACCCCGCUGACCUCGGCUGGAACCCACCAGUCUCCAGCUGGAUUGACAAAAGGGAGGUCCAAUCAGAAAAGGCCAUUCUGACUAUUUUGUUCGACAAGUACCUUCCCUCUUGCUUGGAUGCUCUUCGGUUCAGGUUUAAGAAGAUCGUUCCAAUUCCAGAGCAGAGUGUGGUCCAGAUGCUCUGUUACUUACUCGAGUGCCUGCUGACUGCUGAAAACACCCCUCCUGACUCCCCCAAGGAUCUCUAUGAGCUGUAUUUUGUCUUUGCUACAAUCUGGGCAUGUGGAGGAGCCCUGUUCCAAGACCAGCUGAUAGACUACAGGGUAGAAUUCAGCAAGUGGUGGGUGGCAACGUUCAAGAGCGUCAAGUUUCCAAACCAGGGCACUGUUUUCGAUUAUUACAUUGACCCUGAGAGCAAGAAGUUUGAACCCUGGUCGAGGAUGGUUCCUAAGUUUGAGAUGGAUCCUGACAUGCCGCUGCAGGCAUGCCUGGUCCACACCACUGAAACCAUCCGAGUCCGCUACUUUAUGGACCGCCUGUUGGAGUUACAGCGACCCGUCAUGCUGGUCGGAAAUGCAGGCACAGGGAAGUCAGUACUGGUCGGUAACAAACUGGGCUCAUUGGACCCAGAGAAGUACAUGAUCAAAAAUGUUCCCUUCAACUACUACACCACAUCACUCAUGCUUCAAGCAAUUUUGGAGAAGCCUCUUGAGAAGAAAGCUGGGCGCAACUAUGGACCUCCAGGAACCAGAAAACUGGUCUACUUUAUCGAUGACAUGAACAUGCCUGAAGUGGAUGAAUAUGGAACAGUCCAGCCUCAUACACUCAUCCGCCAACACAUGGACUACAGUCACUGGUAUGACCGUUACAAACUGAUACUGAAGAACAUAUACAGCGUUCAAUACGUGGCCUGCAUGAACCCAACAUCUGGCAGCUUCACAAUCAAUCCACGUCUGCAGCGCCAUUUCUCUGUCUUUGCCUUGUCAUUUCCGGGCAAUGAGGCCCUCGGCACCAUCUACACCUCCAUCCUGUCUCAGCACCUGCAGUACGAUUGUUUCACUCCUGCCUUGCAAAAGAGCGGCCCAAACCUGGUGCAGUUGGCCCUGGCCAUGCAUCAGCGCAUUUCUGUGACUUUCCUCCCCACGGCAGUCAAGUUCCACUAUGUCUUCACCCUGCGAGAUCUCUCCAACAUAUUCCAGGGCAUUCUCUUCUGUACUGGGGAUUGUCUGAAAACACCCCAGGACCUAUUGAAGGUUUACCUGCAUGAGUCCAACCGUGUUUACAGGGACCAUAUGGUUGAGGAUUCGGACUUUGAGGCCUUUGAUAAACUGCAGAUUGAGAUGGUGAAGAAGUUUUAUGAGAACAUUGAUGAAACGCUGGCGGAGGCCAAGAACAUGAACGUGUACUGCCACUUUGCUCAGGGACUUGGGGACGCCAAGUACCUCCCAGUGGAGAGUUGGGAGAGUCUCAACAAAAACUUGCUGGAAGUGCUGGACAGCUACAAUGAGGUCAAUGCCACGAUAAACCUUGUGCUCUUUGAGGAUGCCAUGGCUCACAUCUGUCGUAUAAAUCGUAUACUGGAGUCCCCACGAGGCAAUGCGCUUCUGGUAGGAGUUGGAGGAAGCGGUAAACAGAGUCUGACUCGAAUGGCUGCCUUCAUUUCCAGUUUGGAGGUGUUCCAAAUCACACUGAGAAAAGGAUACGCUAUCCCGGACCUCAAGACCGACCUUGCCUCCCUCUAUGUUAAAGCUGGCUUGAAGAGUAUUGGGACUGUAUUUCUGAUGACUGAUGCUCAAGUGGCAGAGGAGAAGUUCUUGGUUCUUGUGAAUGAUCUUUUGGCUACAGGGGAGAUUCCGGAUUUGUUCCCUGAUGAUGAAGUGGAUAAAAUGAUAAAUGGGGUGAGGUCAGAGGUUCGAGGGGCAGGAAUCUUGGACACAAAUGAAAACUGCUGGAAGUUCUUCAUCGACCGUGUUCGUAGACAACUUAAGGUGGCCCUGUGUUUCUCUCCGGUUGGGAGUACACUUAGAGUUCGAAGCAGAAAGUUCCCAGCUGUGGUCAACUGUGCUACCUUGGAUUGGUUCCAUGAGUGGCCACAAGAGGCUCUGGAGUCUGUCAGCUUCCAGUUUUUGCAAGAAGCCGAAACUAUCGCGCCGGACUUGAAAGAGUCAGUCAGUAAAUUCAUGGCAUACGUCCACACCACUGUCAAUAUGACGUCAAAGGAGUAUCUGGUUAAUGACCGUCGCUAUAACUACACCACACCUAAGUCCUUCCUGGAGCAGAUCAAGCUGUAUCGCAGUCUGCUGGAUCUGAAGAGUAGAGAGCUCACCAGCAAGGUGGAGCGUCUAGAAAACGGCUUGCAGAAGCUCAAUAGCACCACGGCUCAGGUGGAUGACCUCAAAGCCAAACUAGCUGCUCAGGAAGUGGAACUGAAGCAGAAGAAUGAGGAUGCCGAUAAGCUGAUCCAGGUGGUUGGAGUAGAAACAGACAAGGUGUCCAAAAAGAAAGCUGUGGCUGAUGAAGAGGAGAGGAAGGUGGGAGAGUUUGCCAUCGUGGUGUCUGGGAAGCAAAGAGACUGUGAGGAAGAUUUGGCCAAAGCUGAACCAGCUCUUGAAGCAGCUCAAAAAGCCCUGGACACUCUUGAUAAGAACAACCUGACAGAGUUGAAGUCUUUCGGCUCACCAGUGGCUGCAGUCACCAACGUCACAGCUGCUGUCAUGGUACUGACGGCGCCGAAAGGCAAAGUUCCAAAGGAUCGCAGUUGGAAAGCUGCCAAAAUCAUGAUGGCCAAAGUAGAUGUUUUCCUGGAUUCUCUAAAAAACUAUGACAAGGAGAACAUACCGGACACGUGUCUGAAAGCGAUUCAGCCGUACUUGCAGGAUGCAGAGUUCAAUCCUGACCUAGUCAAGGCCAAAUCAAGCGCAGCAGCUGGGUUGUGCUCCUGGGUCAUCAACAUUGUCACCUUCUAUAACGUCUACUGCGAUGUGGAGCCCAAGCGUCAGGCGCUGGCCAAAGCCAAUUCAGAGUUAGCAGCUGCACAGGAGAAGCUGGCUGGCAUCAAGAGCAAGAUUAAUCGCCUGAACGAAAAUCUGGCCAAGCUGACAGCCAAAUUUGAAAAAGCUACUGCAGACAAACUGAAGUGUCAACAGGAAGCCGAGGAAACAGAGGGCACCAUUUCCCUGGCCAAUCGCCUGGUCGGUGGUCUCGCUUCAGAGAAUGUCCGAUGGGCUGAAUCUGUCAACAACUUCAGGAAGCAGGAGAGGACUAUGUGUGGCGACGUGCUCUUGAUCACUGCCUUCAUCUCCUACUUGGGUUACUUUACCAAAGCCUACAGGCUGCAACUCAUGGACCAAAUGUGGAGGCCGUAUCUGAGUCAGCUCAAGGUUCCCAUCCCAGUCACUGAGGACUUGGACCCUCUGACAAUGCUGACGGAUGAUGCAGACAUCGCAGCCUGGCAGAAUGAAGGACUGCCUGCCGACAGAAUGUCCACUGAGAACGCCACCAUCCUCACGUCGUGUGAGCGGUGGCCUCUGAUGGUGGACCCUCAGCUUCAAGGCAUCAAGUGGAUUAAAAGCAGAUACAGUGAAAAUCUGCAAGUCAUUCGGAUUGAGCAGAGAGGGUACCUGGAUGCCAUAGAGCGAGCGCUGAGUGAGGGUAAUGUGGUUCUCAUUGAGAACUUGGAGGAAACUUUGGAUCCUGUCCUGGGACCUUUGUUGAGCAGAGAAACCAUCAAAAAAGGAAGGUACAUAAAGAUGGGGGACAAAGAAUGUGAAUACAAUCCCAAAUUCCGUCUGAUCCUUCACACCAAGCUGGCCAACCCCCAUUACCAGCCGGAGCUGCAGGCCCAGUGCACCUUGAUCAACUUUACCGUGACUAGAGACGGUUUGGAGGACCAGCUGCUCGCAGCUGUGGUCAGCAUGGAGCGACCUGACCUGGAGGAGCUGAAGGCUAACCUCACAAAGCAGCAGAAUGGUUUCAAGGUGACCCUGAAGACCCUUGAAGACAAUCUCCUGUCCCGAUUGUCUGCAGCUUCAGGGAACUUUUUGGGCGACACAGAACUGGUUUCUAACCUAGAAACCACUAAACGGACCGCCACUGAAAUCGAAGAAAAGGUCAAAGAGGCGAAGAUUACGGAGGUUAAAAUCAAUGAUGCCAGGGAGUGCUACCGGCCAGCUGCAGCACGAGCUUCAUUACUCUACUUCAUCAUGAAUGACCUCAAUAAAAUACACCCCAUGUACCAGUUCUCCCUGAAGGCUUUCAGUGUGGUGUUCCAGAAAGCAGUCCAGAAGGCGACGCCAGAUGAUGAGCUGAAGCAGAGGGUGUUGAACCUCAUUGACAGCAUCACCUCAUCGGUCUUCCAGUACACCACCAGAGGGCUGUUUGAGUGUGACAAGCUGACAUACAUCGCUCAGCUGGCCUUCCAGAUCUUGUUGAUGAAUAAGGAACUAAACCCUGAAGAGCUGGAUUUCCUUCUGCGGUACCCGGUCGUGACUGGUGUUGAUUCGCCUGUGGAUUUCCUGACACACUUUGCAUGGGGUGGGAUAAAGUCCCUCUGCUCCAUGGAUGAAUUCAGGAACCUGGACCGAGACAUUGAAGGCUCGGCCAAUCGCUGGAAGAGGUUUGUGGAGUGUGAGUGUCCAGAAAAAGAGAAAUUUCCCAUGGACUGGAAGAACAAAAACUCUCUCCAGAGGAUGUGCAUGAUGAGAAUUCUGAGGCCCGACCGCAUGAUGUAUGCCGUCAGAGACUUUGUUGAGGAGAAGCUGGGGAACCAGUAUGUGGCUGGCAGAUCGCUUGACUUUGCUGUCUCUUAUGAAGAGUCUGGACCAGCCACACCUAUGUUUUUCAUCCUCUCUCCUGGAGUGGAUCCUUUAAAAGAUGUGGAGAAACACGGGAAGAGAAUUGGGUUCACUUUCGACAACAGGAACUUUCAUAAUGUGUCUCUGGGCCAGGGUCAAGAGAUAGUUGCAGAGCAAGCCCUGCUGCUGGCCGCCAAGGAAGGCCACUGGGUCAUCUUGCAGAACAUCCACCUGGUAGCAAAGUGGCUGGGCACUCUGGAGAAGCUCCUGGAGCAGCUGGCAGACGGCAGCCACGAGAAUUUUCGAGUGUUUGUCAGUGCCGAGCCCUCAGGCACUCCGGAGUCGCACAUCAUCCCUCAGGGCAUCCUGGAGAACUCCAUCAAGAUCACCAACGAGCCGCCCACUGGCAUGCACGCCAACUUGCACAAGGCUCUGGACAACUUCAACCAGGAAACCUUAGAGCAGUGCACCUGGGACAACGAGUUCAAGAGCAUUCUCUUUGCUCUUUGCUACUUUCACGCCGUGGUGGCUGAGAGGAGGAAGUUUGGGCCUCAAGGCUGGAACAGAUCCUACCCCUUUAACACUGGCGACCUGACCAUCUCUGUCAACGUCCUCUACAACUACCUGGAGGCGAACUCUGCGGUUCCCUAUGAUGACCUGCGCUAUCUGUUCGGCGAGAUCAUGUAUGGGGGUCACAUCACCGAUGACUGGGACCGCCGCCUGUGCAUCACCUACCUGCAGGAGUACAUCAAGCCAGAGAUGAUGUCAGGGGAGAUGACUCUGGCCCCUGGGUUCAUUCUCCCUGAAAACACAGACUACAAUGGCUACCACCAGUACAUUGACGACAAUCUCCCACCUGAGUCGCCGUACCUGUAUGGACUCCAUCCCAAUGCCGAGAUCGGUUUCCUCACACAAACGUCGGAUAAUCUUUUCCGCACGCUGCUGGAGAUGCAGCCCAGGGACGGAGGAGGCGGCGAGGGUGGAGGAAUGACGCGGGAGGAGAAGGUGCAAGCUGAACUGGAGGAGCUCAUGGGAAAACUCCCAGACGAGUUCAACAUGACGGAACUGUUAGAAAAGGCAGAGGACAGGACCCCCUACCAGGUGGUGGCGCUCCAAGAGUGUGAGAGAAUGAACUUCCUCACUCAGGAGAUCAGACGCUCCCUGCAUGAGCUUUGCUUGGGACUUAAGGGGGAGCUGACGAUGACCCCCGACAUGGAAAACCUCCAGAAUGCCGUGUUUUUUGACCAAGUGCCAGACAGUUGGACCAAGAGAGCGUACCCGUCCUUGUCGGGUCUGGCAAUCUGGUUCUCUGACCUCAUGUCCCGGAUCAAGGAACUGGAAGUGUGGUCAUCUGAUUUUGCCUUGCCCCCGGUGGUGUGGUUGGCGGGCUUCUUCAACCCUCAGUCUUUCCUCACGGCCAUCAUGCAGGCCAUGGCGCGCAGGAAUGAGUGGCCUCUGGACAGCAUGACCCUGCAGUGUGACGUGACAAAGAAGAACCGCGAGGACUUCAGUGCGCCGCCUCGUGAAGGCGCUUACGUUCACGGCCUCUUCAUGGAAGGUGCCCGCUGGGACACGCAGACCGGCAUGAUCGUUGACGCCCGUCUGAAGGAGUUAACUCCCGCCAUGCCAGUCAUCUUCAUCAGAGCCAUCCCAGCAGACAAAGUGGAAAGCAAGAACGUCUACCAGUGUCCGGUUUACAAGACACGUCAGCGUGGAUUCACCUACAUCUGGACCUUCAAUCUCAAGACCAAAGAGAACCCGGCCAAGUGGACCCUUGCAGGAGUCGCUCUGCUCCUUCAGAUCUAACACCUUAGUUGGACUUGCCUACAAUGGGUUUUCUCCGGGCACUCCGGUUUUCUCCCACUGACUCAAAUGUCAAAACGUCUAAGCUUGUGUUCUGAUCACACCCACUUAAUAAGUUUAUGUUGUUUAACAUGUUUAUUAAAUCGA